UCCAGAGUCGGGACCCAGUAUGGACCGCUCGCCUGUGUAUCGGCUGGGGACAUCCCUGCGCUGCUGAUCCGCCUCCGCUUGGGAUGGUUUCUUGCUGGCUCCGCUGUGAACAGACGUCCAGCAGCUGAUGGGUAAUCCAGAAGAAGUUUCCCCUCAGUCAGGGGGGAGCUCCACUUUGAAGCAGGAGACUCCACAACCACCCUGCAUUAAAAAGGAAGAGGAGGAACUCUGCAUCACUCAGGAGGGAGAGUGUCUUCUAGGACGAGAGGAAGCUGAUUACACCAAGUUUCCACUGACUGUUGUCUCUGUGAAGACUGAAGAUGAUGAAGAGAAACCACAAGUAGACAACCUCUUAGCUCCACUAUCAGACAGUGAGGCUGAAGACGAGGUUGAAGAACCUUUGAGCAGCGAUACAGACUGUGAAGGUGAUAUGAGGACUCACACUGACAACAAACACUCUAAAUGCUCUACAAAGAAGAGAGGUGAAACACGCUCGAGCUGCUCGAUUUGUGCUAAAAGUUUUACUAAAAAGAGCCAUUUGACGCGACACAUGAGAACACACACAGGUGAAAAACCAUUUAAUUGUUCAAUUUGUGGCAAAAGCUUUUCUCAAAAUAGCCAUUUGACUGAACACAUGAGAACACACACAAAGGAAAAACCAUUUAAUUGUUCAAUUUGUGGCACUAGCUUUUCUCAACACAGCCAUUUGACUGAACACAUGACAACACACACAGGAGAAAAAACAUUUAAGUGUUCAGUUUGUGGCAAAAGCUUUUCUCGAAAUAGGGUUUUGACUGAACACGUGAGAGCACACUCAGGUGAAAAGACAUUCAAUUGUUCAGUUUGUGGCAAAAGCUUUUCUCAAAAUAGCCGUUUGACUCAACACAUGAGAACACACACAGGUGAAAAACCAUUUAACUGUUCAGUUUGUGGCAAAAGCUUUCAUCAUCAUAACUCUUUGUGUCGACACAUGAGAACACACGGUGGAGAAAAACCAUUUAGUUGUUCAGUGUGCUGUAAAAGGUUCCCACAUAAAGCAGAUGCAGUAAAACACAUGAGAACACACAAGGGAAUAUAACCAAUUAGUUGUUUAGUUUGUGGUAUGUUGCUCAUAUGUGGCGACAUCCACCCUACCCAGGACCUCCUCACUGCUUCUUUCACUAAUAUCUGAGGUAUUCAUACAAACUUGGAUUAUUUGAAGCAUAAUCUUAUCCACUCAUGACCCCAUGUCUUCUCUGUAUCUGAAACCUUCCUGAACAGUAAGAUAGAUGAUGCUUCAAGUGCUUGGUUACUCCUUCUCACUUCACGGCAAAGUUGAGAUGCAUCAAAACUGACGUUGACGCAUAAGUGAUGCUGGGUAACUGUUCCCACAAUGGAUCACUGUCAUGAGCCGUGGUCGAAUGAUGUUUUGUGUUUUCUGUUUGUUUCUGUCACCCUGUACACUGUUUGUUUGUCUAAUCUUGAACGGGUUUGUGCUGUAAACAAAAGUGUUGUUGUACUUGUUGCAAUGACAAUAAAGACCUACCUACCU